AAAGGGGGCGGGGCUUAAACCCGGAAGAGGCUCAGCUGGAUUUGGGGAGAGGAGGAGAGGACAGGAAGAGGCGGUGGCUGCUGCGACCCUGCGACCAACUCAGGUUACCCAAGCUACUUUUUGCACCUGGGUUUCUAGCAAAUUCCUUUCCAGCCUUCGCUUGUGCCAAGAGAGCAAAGAGCGCCCGUUUCCCAAGAGGAUGGCUCACUAGCCGAAGUGGCUGCCCUGCAUGCUGUAAGCUGCCGACUCCUGUCUCCUCCUUAUCUCAUAUGGAUACGGAUCCCUUCCAGGAAGCCAAAAGGCACACAAAGAGUGACAUGAGAGCCAGAAGUCAACCUCUCUUCCCUGAGUAGAAAGCCUGGAUGCCAUCCAGCUAGGAUCAAGAACUCUUCUUACAUUGUGCAAGGAACCUCUGUUACAUUCCCCGCUUGCUCCCAGUGUGUCGUUGUGCUCUUGUGUCAACUGUGUUCUUCCCUUUUCUCCCCUGGAUCCCUCUCUGUUACCUUCUCCUCCUGGUGCCAUGUCAGACGGCUCCGGGCCCUUCCUGGUAUGGGUCCAAGAAGUGGCUGCGCUCCUGAUGCUCCGGGUGCGUCGGACAGUCCUGCAGACGGCCAUCUUACUCUGCGUCCUCCUGCUUCUUCUCUGGAUCUCAGUCUUUCUCUAUGGGAGCUUCUACUACUCCUACAUGCCUACCGUCAGCUAUGUCAGCCCUGUGCAUUACCAGUUCAGGACGGACUGUGGCCUGCCUGGACCAGAGCUGUGCUCUUUUCCCAUUGCCAACAUUUCUUUCAUCAAGGACAGCCGAGACCAACAGGUCCUUAUGUAUGGCCAGCCGUAUCGCAUCUCACUAGAGUUGGAGUUGCCGGAGUCACCAGUCAACCAGAACCUAGGGAUGUUCAUGGUGGUCAUCUCCUGUUACACCAAAGGCGGCCGCAUCAUCUCCUUCGCAGCCAGAUCUGCAAUGCUUCAUUACCGGUCAAGCUUGCUUCAGAUCCUUGACACCUUGGCCUUUGCCAGCCUUUUCUUGGCUGGUUUUACAGAGCAGAAGCAGAUGCUGGAGGUUGAGCUGUUUUCUGACUACAAAGAGGAUUCGUAUAACCCAACAGUUGGUGCUGUAGUGGAAGUACAGACCACAAAGAUCCAGAUCUAUGGUUCCCAGCUGCGUAUCCAUGCCCAUUUCACUGGACUACGAUAUCUCCUCUACAACUUCCCAGUGACAUCUGCCAUUUUGGGCGUUGCCAGUAACUUUACUUUCCUGAGUGUCAUCGUCCUUUUCAGUUAUCUGCAAUGGAUCUGGGGCAGCAUGUGGCCCAAGGAGCCUCUUUCUGUGAAGUUAUCUGUCCGGGAAAAAUCAGAAGCCUUACAGUCAACUGAAGAUGUUUGCCGGCGGGUUGUGAUCCCUAAAGAAGGCUCUCAGGAAGAAGAGGCAAUUAUGUCACUACAGACAGAAGAUUUAGGGGCUACUGAUGGAGAAGAGCUGUCAAAAUCAGAAGCCCCAAAGAUUGACCUUCCGAAGCCUAGUUCUGGGACAGAGUCCAGCCUCGACAAGGGAGAGAAUGAAGAUACCGAGUUUGAAUUUGAGGACGGGUCUUCCCUGCUCAGCGAAGCCAACUUCCCCACCCCUUCCCUCAAAGGGGAUCGCUCCAGCCUUCUGCCUCCAGGGGCCCAAUCCCUUACGUCAGACUUGGAGAUCCGUCAGAGAAAUAUCUGCUCAAGUUCCUGAGUGGGUCGGGUUGCUCUUGCUCUGCACCUUCUUGGCACUCCUUAUAGUAUAUGCACACCAGAAGCCUUGCUCUGCCAGGGAAAGCAUUUGCUCCUGGCUUAUAUUCCCUUUCAGAAUAUAAAACGACCCCUUCGUUUUCCCACCCCUUUGCCCACAAACCUGGUCACUGAAAAAUAAAAAAAGUUUACUUGCAA